CUCUCCGUUUGUUUUAUCAGUUGCCUCUAUCAUCCCCUCGCCGUCUCUCUCUCUCUUACUUAAUCAAUCAUCAAAGCGAUCAUUUUCCAUUUUUUUGAAGAUGUCUGAGAGAUCAGAAGAAACGAAAAUAAAACUAGACUCUGCCGGAGAGUUAUCCGAUGUUGAUAACGAGAACUGCAGUAGCAGCGGAAGUGGCGGCGGCUGUAGUAGUAGUUCCGGUGAUACUAAGCGUACUUGCGUUGAUUGCGGAACUAUUCGUACUCCUCUUUGGCGUGGUGGCCCUGCCGGUCCAAAGUCAUUGUGCAAUGCUUGUGGGAUCAAGAGCAGGAAGAAGAGACAAGCGGCACUUGGGGUGAGAUCAGAGGAGAAGAAGAAGAUUAAAAAAAGCAAUCAGAUUAGUAGUAAUGAUCUAAACCUUGACGAUCGAAACACCAAGAAGAGCAACAAAGAUGAUGAUGAGGAUGAGGAGGAGGAUGAUCACAAGACUUGUAACCAUAGCAAGAGUACUACUACUAGUAGUAGCAGCAACAAUAAUAACAAGGGAGUGAGUAAAUUUUUGGAUUUAGGGUUUAAAGUUCCGGUGAUGAAGAGAUCAGCGGUUGAGAAGAAGAGAUUAUGGAGGAAGCUCGGUGAGGAAGAAAGAGCUGCCGUGCUUCUCAUGGCGCUUUCUUGUAGCUCUGUUUACGCCUAAACCGGUUCUUGUUUUGGGUUAUUAGGAUAAUAAUAAUAAUAAUUAAGUGAGAGCGAUUUUGAAUUAACUUUUAAUUAGAUAGAGAAUAUUGUAAGAAAUGAAUGUGUAAAAGUUCCCUAGUGAUGUCGUUUUUUUUUUUCUUCCUUUUUUGGUUUCACUAA